CCUUUUUUCUGCAGAAUUUAUAAAAACAAAGUCGCCCAAGUCGUAAUUUCGUCAUCAAGAAGCAAUCAUCGAAUUUGUGAAGAUUAUCAGCCAAUCAAAGUUCCGUGCGUUUGUGGAUAAAUUACGGAUUAGCGUCGAUUAAGUGCGCCAUGGCCACGUCAUUUGCAAAUUUCUCCUUCGAGCGAUUAACGCAGCAGAUGGGAGCUAAAUUGGAUCCGAGACUCCGUGAGCAUCUGUCGAAGGUUUAUGGGUGCUUGGCCGCCACCUGCGGUAUGGCCACGGUAGGAUCGUACAUCCACUUGUCCGGUCUGUGGCAGGCGGGUCUCCUGAGCGGCCUGAUCUCGCUCGGCCUCGUACUGGGACUCGUCUUCACACCAGACAACGGCAAGAACCUGCCCCAGCGAUUCGGAAUGUUGAUGGGAAUCGGAAUGUUCACCGGCCACUCGCUGGGACUGUUGCUCCAGUACGUCAUCUACCUGAACCCGGCCAUCGUCGUAACGGCCCUCGUCGGCACGGUCACCAUCUUCAGCUGCCUCACGGCGGCCGCUUUCUUCGCGAAGCGCGGCAGCUACCUCUACCUGGGCGGCCUGCUGAUGAGCGCCCUGAGCAUGAUGGCAUUGAUGAACCUGGGCAACCUGUUCUUCCGUUCCUACUUCGUGCAUGAUAUUAAUCUUUACCUGGGAUUGUUGGUGAUGUCCGGAUUUAUUUUGUUCGACACUCAAAUGAUCAUGGAGAAGCAUCAUAUGGGUAGCAACGACUUUAUUGGUCAUUCUCUGGAUCUGUUCUACGAUGUGAUCAAUGUUUUCCGUCGUCUAUUGAUGAUUUUGGCUCAGAAGGAAGAGAACAAUGAGCGCAGGAAGCGAAAAAAUAACUAAUCACUAUCAGCUAUACGAAGAACCAGAAUUCUGUCGCAUUACUUUCCAUUUAAUUUCAUGCCAAAUUGCACUACCCGUUCCGCUGGUGGGGCUUUAAUUUAAAAGCGGAACGGCUUCGUUAGCAUAAUAUAUUCCUGUUCUACCCGUUCCUCAAGCUGAAUGGGAUUGUUUAUGGCAAAAGCAAAUUAAGUAAUUUAAUGAACAACUCGGCAUUUGAGGCAAAUAAUAUUCUUGUUUCUUCACAACAACGAACGGAAUAACAUCUUUUGGCAAGCACGAUAGCUCACACGUAAUGAAUUAUUUUGAAAUCAAACUUUCGUCGAGUGAAGCAAGGUGUAGGGCACCAUUUCUUUCCUCUCAUCAUACAACAGAGGUCAACACUUUCUUUCCGUGUCUAAAAUAGGGGGGAUUUCGGAGAGCAAAAAUUGGAACUUUUCCAUUGUCGGUGGAGAUGUCUUUGAUGUUCGCAGUCGUUUGAAUUAUAGCCAGUAAGUGCAUGUUGUUUAAUGGAAACCCCAAGAUGGAAUAAAGUCGUCUAUUCAUUUA